GUUGUGGAUUCUAUUAUAAACUACCGCAUGUAAACGAAAAAAACUACAAAUAAUCUAGGUGGAAUGAUCUCAGAUUCAUUCGAACAAAUAAAGAUACAGUUAUUAUAACCAUUAUUGUUAGUCCCUGCUUUUGUUUGAGGUUCAAAUUCUCCUGCAGAACGAAUGAGUUAUGUUUGUUAAAUUCUGAUUAAUCUGACCCAAGGUUGAUUUCGCGGUAUUUUGUUUUUGUAAUAAAGGGUUUCAGAUCUUAAUGCCCAUCUUUUCACGGUUUCCCUUGCUGCUGGGUAACUCAGUGGAAUUUGAAUCGGUAGAGGUAAAAGGUGAUGCCUUGGUGUGUUCUCGUCUGUUUGAAAGUUGGAAUAAGCAAUUCUGGUCUUAGGAUGAUUGACUGACGAGUUUGCAUGCUGUUUCCAUUUUCAGGACACUCUAAUUUUCAGUUACUUCUCAGUUGAACUGCGUCUUCUUCUUUUGUUUUCUUCUUCAAAAAAGCAGUUUUAUCCUUUUCUUGUGUUAUGUUAACUUUGUUUUGGAGAAACAGGUGAUACAUUGGUGCAUUGAUUGCAGAACGAAGUGUUAUGUGUCCCGGAACCAAACUGCUCUAACUGAUGGUGGAGAGGUAACCUAUACAGACAAAGUUAUAGUUGGAAUUAGUAAUUUCUUCAGGAUUACUGCUGGGGAGGUGGAGACGCCACAAGUUUUCAGUCAUACAAAGCGAAAAAUCUGGUUGUGAGAUUGUUGACGUGUCUUCCUGGGGCAUGAGAUGGGCUGCUUCAAUUCUAAGCCAAGUGAUGCUGGUGCAAUCAGAAGAAGACCUGGGAACAUUGGUGAAGUUGCUGUGUUUAUACCUGGAUUGCGGGUUCCUGAGAGUUUGGAGCUAUCUCAGCCGCUAAGCGAUGGCCACCCGAGGAGGCUGACCGAACGUUUGGCUGCGUUGAGGAGCCGAAUAGUGGUCAUGGCUGCUCGUGAGGCAUUGUCGGUGACUAGGCCCAGGAAGCGGACCUUCACCCAGCAUGGAGGAUCUACAUCAGCUGAUCUUCUGCAGGCUUUGGAAGAUUACUUGCCAGUUCUUCUUGGACUGGUAAAAGAGGGGAGCAACUUGGAAGAUAAGAUACAGUUUUCCUGGAUGAACCAAGAGGAUGAUGCAGAGGAAACGGCAUUGCCAAGUUCUUGGUAUGAGGUGUUAUCAGUUUUGCACAUGAUGGCUAUGCUGCGUUUAUCUCAAGCAAAUUCCCUGCUUCUUCCAAAGACAUCACUUGAGGGAUACCAUGCUAAAGUAUCUGAAGAUAAUAAACGUGCUUCCGUUGAAAUAUUUCUCAAGGCAUCUGGGUUCUUGGAGUGUGCUAUCCAACAUGUUCUUCCUAGAAUAUCCCCAGAAAAUAGGAAAGGUCUUCCUGUAGACUUAUCUGAAGGAGUCCUGAAAGCGAUCUGCAUGCAAGCUCUAGGUCAAGCAAUUGAUGUCCAACUUGGGUUGGCAAUUGACAGUCCAAAGGCUACCCUGGCAGUGAAAAGGAGGUUAGCAUGUGAGAUGGUCAAGUGCUGGCAACAGGCACAUGAAAGUAUGGCGGAUUUACCUCUGAUUGAUAGCUGGGGCGAGAAGCACAGGCUCUUUGUGAUGUGGAAGUAUAUCGAAGCAAAAGCUGCAGCAUACUAUUAUCAUGGUCUUAUCCUUGACGAAGGCAACACGGAGAAAUCCCACAGGAUGGCCGUGGCAGCAUUGCAAUCUGCGGAGGAGUUUCUCAAGGAGAGCAAAGAUGCGGCGGAAGCCUUCCACGCAGCACCUCCUGUUUCAAGAAGCCCGCCUGCAUGUGGAUCGAUGAAGUAUCUCCAUGAGAAGAUCCAGAAGGACUCGUCCUGCAAAGUUCGCAUCAACAAGGACCUCUACAGCAACGACAGCAUCCGUGAGGCGGUGCCGGCGCUGCCGGAUUUUUCGGUGGCUCUGAAGCCUGAGGAGUACCGGCUCCCUGCUGUGACGGUAGGCGCGGCAAAUGGUGAUAUCCUGUUUUUACACAUGAAUAAGGACCCUGUCCGCACGGGAGACAUAGUUGUUUUCAAUAUUGAGGGCCGUGAUAUUCCAAUUGUCCAUCGUGUGAUCAAGGUUCACGAACGCCAUGGUAUGGCAGAAUUUGAUGUCCUCACAAAAGGUGACAAUAACCGUGACGAUGACCGAAUGGGAAUGCUGUAUGCAAAUGGGCAGCUUUGGCUUCAGCGACAGCACAUUAUUGGACGGGCUGUUGGCUAUCUGCCUUAUGCUGGGUGGCUUACAAUCGCCAUGACGGAGAAACCAGUCCUCAAGAUUUUAUGGAAUUGUGGAAACCAAGAAAAAGUAGUAGUAGUAGUAGUAGUAGUGAUAGUUUGUAGGGAAUUUUCUUGGAUCCAAUCUCAUAUUACUGAUGAUGACAAUAAUACACGUCGCCACAGCUGCCUGCCAUGCCAUGCCAUGCCACCCAUGGCGGCAUCCCGCGCCGCCGUCGACCUCUCCCGAGAGCUCUGCGCCGCCGUCAUCAAAUCCACCUUCCGGCCCAACAUCCACCUCGCGCUCCUCGCCGCCGCGCCGUCCCUUCUCACCGCCGUCCUCAACCGCCUCUCCCCGCUCCCCGCCGCCGCGUUCGCCUUCUUCCGCGCGCUGCCACCGCCGCACCCGCUGGACGCCACGCUCGCCCUCCUCCACCUCCUGGCGCCGCACCCGCGGCACCACCCCGCCGCUCGGGCGCUCCUCCGGGACCUCUCCCUCCGCCACCCGCUCUCCUCCCCGCUCCUCCUCCCCUCGCUCCUCGCCGCCGCCGACCCCCGCGUCCCCAGCUGGCUCGUCCUCGUCCUCGCCCAGUCCGCGCGCCCCCACGACGCCUUACGGGUGUUCGACCAGAUGCGCGCGCGCGGCCUCGCUCCCGACGCCCACGCCUGCACCGCGCUCCUCACCGCGCUCGCCAGGGCCCGGAUGACGGCCACUGCGCGCAGGGUGUUCGACGAAAUGGCCAGGGCGGGGCUCGCCGUCAGCACGCACGUCUACAACGCCAUGCUGCACGUGUGCCUCAAGGCCGGGGACGCCGCGCGUGCCGAGGCGCUCGUCACCAGGAUGGACGCGGCUGGCGUGCCCUUGGACCGAUUCUCCUAUAACACUGUCAUCGCACUCUACUGCAAGAAGGGGAUGAGAUAUGAGGCCAUGUGUGUGCGAGACCGCAUGGACAAGGAGGGGAUACGUGCGGACACCGUCACAUGGAACUCCUUGAUCCAUGGCUUGUGCAAGUACGGCAGGGUGAAGGAGGCGGCUCAACUCUUUACAGAGAUGGCAGCGGCACAAGCGACACCAGACAAUGUGACUUACACCACACUGAUUGAUGGGUACUGUCGCGCGGGCAAUAUUGAGGAGGCGGUCAAGCUCCGAGGCGAGAUGGAGGCAACCGGGAUGCUCCCAGGGGUCGCGACUUACAAUGCCAUUCUCAGGAAGCUAUGUGAGGAUGGCAAGAUGAAGGAAGUUAAUCAGUUGCUUAACGAGAUGGACGAGAGGAAGGUGCAGGCUGAUCAUGUGACCUGCAACACGCUGAUCAACGCUUACUGCAAGAGAGGGCACAUGACCUCAGCAUGCAAGGUCAAGAAAAAGAUGAUGGAGUCUGGGCUGCAGCUCAAUCAGUUCACUUACAAGGCUCUCAUCCAUGGAUUCUGCAAGGCCAAGGAGCUCGAUGAAGCCAAGGAAGCCUUCUUUCAGAUGGUCGAUGCAGGGUUUUCACCCAACUAUAGCGUAUUUUCAUGGCUUGUCGAUGGUUUCUGCAAGAAGAACAAUGCAGAUGCAGUGCUACUCAUCCCUGAUGAACUUAUGAAAAGAGGCCUUCCACCAGAUAAAGCAGUAUAUAGAUCUCUGAUUCGAAGACUUUGCAGAAAAGGGCUGGUUGAUCAGGCACAAAAAGUAUUUGACCAGAUGCAAAGCAAAGGCUUAGUCGGUGACAGUCUUGUAUACGCCACACUCGCAUACACAUAUCUAACAGAAGGAAAGCCAGUUGCUGCUUCGAAUACCUUGGACGGUAUGGCAAAGAAUCAAUUGUACAUAACACCCCAGAUUUACAACUGCCUGUGUACCUCUUAUGCUGAUGAGAAGGAAACCCUCAAUAUACUGUGGGUUCGUGCUAUUGAGAGAGGCCUAAUCAAGAAGAGUGUGUACAAACUGAUGCACCAAGCAAGGCUGGAAUCAACGAACCUUGCAGUUGAGACUGGGGGAUACGAUCCUUUUUCAAGGCCAGACUAUCUAGAGGGCUAAACUUGACACUAGAAUACAACUGGAUCCAGGACAUUCAGGGUGCAACCUUUGUUGGUGUUAUCGCUGAAUACCUUGAUAUUUGGUGUUAUCUGGGAUUGUGCUGCAGCCAGUGAAUAUACUCAUCGCUGGCCACUUUCAGCUUUGAGACAGUACUCAGCCAACUCAGUUCAUGAGAACUUCUUUCAAGGCUCUGCCCAGUUUCAGUGAUGGGGGCUUAUAUGGAAGCCAUGGGCGCCAGGCAAAUGCCAUUUGCUUCUUUGGUUGGUGGUACAUAAACGGUGCUGGACUAUGGACCAACUUGCUCUACAAAGUUUGCUGCAUCCGGUGUGUUGUCCUCACUGUGAUCAGGUCGAUGAUGGACAAUUGAUCACCAGCUCACUAAUUGUGUUUUUGCCAGACAUUUCGGGUUCAGUCCUCUGCGGGGAUUUGGCCUUCAAGGUGUGUCACCUUCUGUUGAAGAUAGAUCCUUUGAUUACUUGUGGAGCAGGGCCAGUUAACGGACUGGUGCAGAAAUACCUCAAUUUUCUUGGAGCCCAGACUCUGGAAGCAUCGGAAUCGCUAUGUUUUCGAUGGCACUGCCCCAGAAAUGGCAGGUGCCUUGCUGCUUGCCGAAGAGGAGGCACAGCUUUGGGUAAUGGCUGGGGCUCAUGGCAUUGUCCCUCUUGACUCACCUAGUGAUUAUGCUUAGGUUGCGGCCAUUAGUAUUUCAGUCACAGACUCACAAGCAUGGAUGUAAAGCUAAGCACUGACAGUGCGAGUUACUCGAGGCUGUACCUUUUCUGAUGAUAUGCAGCGAGAAAAACAAAUGAUACCUGUAUACAGAAUUGCAGUUGUACGGCAAAGUCAAUGUGUUCUAUCCCGUAAUGAUUUUCAAUCAUAUCAACACCCAAAUGACCUUAGUUAACUAUGUACUCUUUUCUCGGUCCGCAACCAUGAAUUCUUCACCUAUAA